GCAGAACUUCAUCCGGGAUUUGGACUACCAGAACCGCUAUUCAGACUAUCCCAAGAUCGAGCGCUUGAUCAAGCUCAAGGAUGAUAUCUUGGCCAAGCGGGCCACUCCCGGAAUGUCGCUAAAGUGCGACUUGAAGAACUUCGACCUAACCGGCCUUGGAACUAAGUUUGACGUGAUACUCAUCGACCCGCCCUGGGAGGAGUACAAUGCAAGAGUCGCCGGAAUGUACGUCCCAGAUGAGGACCUGGCUACUUGGACUCUAGAAGAACUCAAGACCCUCAAGAUCGGAGAAAUUGCGGACGCACAGUCCUUCUUGUUCCUUUGGUGCGGCGAAACGCACUUGGAGCACGGUCGUGAGCUCUUGAAGAAGUGGGGCUUCCGACGCAUCGAGGAUGUCUGCUGGGUGAAGACGAAUCGGCAAGCCAAACUGGAUGCGAGGGGCGCCGUCAAGCAACAGAGUGUCAUGUAUGGUGACACUUCCAUCAUCCAGAGAACCAAGGAGCACUGUCUUGUGGGUGUGAAGGGCACUGUGAAGCGGUCAAUAGACACCCACUUCAUCCAUGCGAACUGCGACGUCGACCUCAUCAUGGAGGAGGAGAAGGGCUUCGGCUCGACUCACAAGCCCACAGAGCUGUACGAGACGAUCGAGCACUUCUGCCUUGGGCGUAGGCGUCUAGAGCUUUUCGGCCGCGAUCGGAACCUACGAGACGGCUGGCUGACUCUUGGCAACGGCCUCACCACCGAUAAUUGGGACAAAGAGACCUACCUGAAGUGGUUUGAGGGCGACAAGCAGUGGCCGGAGGUGCAGGACUACAAGGGCGGGCGGCUCCUCGG